GUUUGGGGCCAAAAUGGUCUGGAGAAAAGUUUGGACCUUACAGCUCUAAAUAAACAUGGAAAAGUGUAUGAAGAUGCUCAGUUUGCAUGUCUGGCCUGGUCACCAUGUGAAAAAAAGUUGCUCUAUGUGGCGGAAAAAAAGAGGGUGGAGCCAUCAGCACAUUCAUCAGUUGCAUCAGCCAAUGAGGAUGGUGGGCUAGUGUUGCUUGAGGAACAGGAUAAGAACAUAUAUGUUGAAGACUGGGGUGAAGGUCUGGUGGGUAAGAGCUGUCCUGUCUUGUGUGUGGCUGAUCUCAACAAAGGGGCAGUUAUCGUAUAUGCUGGCGUCCCUCCGCAUAUAUCACCAGGACAGGCUCUGUGGGCACCUAAUGGAAGGGGUGUGGUGUUUGUGGGCCAAUGGAAUGAGCCGUUCAGACUGGGCCUGAAAUUCUGCUCUAAUCGUAGAUCAGCUCUCUACUACCUGGAUAUGAAAGGAAACUGUGAGUGCUUGUCAGCUGAAGGUGUGUCUGUUUCAAGCCCUCGAAUGAGUCCAGACUCGUGCUGGAUCGUAUACUUGCAGGGACAGGUGUUUGGACCACAUCGUCAGUGCCUGAGAAUGAUGCUGUAUGACAUGAAGAACAGAAGCACUUCAGUCUUAGUAGAUGUGGUCAGGAGAGCAGAAAAAGGUCAGUUUGCUGGUAUAUACGAAUCAUUGCCAUCUCAAUGCUGGUCUGCAGACAAUGAGAGAAUCUUCUUUAGCAGUUCCUGUGAAAACAAUAAGGCAGUGUUCUCAGUUGACAGAACUACAGGAAGAGUCACACAAGUGUGCGGACUGGAUGCGCUAAGACUAG